AGCCCUGAUUAGUCAGCUGAUGAGCUGAGGGUUUGUUGUGAACGAAGUUGUAGAGAUAGAUAUGUCGCGUUAGAAGCACAAAAUGGUUUAAACUCCAUCUCAGAUAUGAAUGUGUGGGCUAGUAUCAUCACUGCGCCGUAUGACAGAGUGUGCGAUGAAGUGAUUAUUGCAAUGAAACAGCGCUGUUUCGCUAACAGAUGAAGUGUUUGAGUAAACCCAGUAUUUGACUGUCAGAUUGCAAGUUCCUAGCAAGAUCGCAUUUUUUUUUACUGGGACACAGAAGACACACAUUGUGAAGCGAUGCCGUUUUCGUGGUGUUUGUCGCGAUGGAAGAUGUGGAUUCAAGCAGUGGUGGCUUUAUCGUACAUUUUUGUCAUUUUAGUCAUGGUCCCUCUGAUCAGCGUGCGUCUUAUGAACAAGGGCGCGACCCCCGAUGUUCAAGCGUGGUUCAGUAGUGGCGUCUUUGUCCUACUUACGCUUCCCAUAACGUUUUGGGAGAUAAUACAGCACAUACUAAAUUAUACAAAGCCUUAUCUCCAAAAAUACAUUAUAAGGAUAUUAUGGAUGGUUCCAAUAUACUCUCUUAACUGUUGGUUUGCCCUGACGUGGCCGAAAAGUGGUAUUUACUUGGACACUAUACGAGAAUGUUACGAAGCCUACGUCAUCUACAGCUUUAUGGUGUUUCUGUUGAACUUUCUUCAUCACGAGUUGGAAUUUGAGAUAAGUUCGGACGAAGAGAGGCCGUCAGUGAGGCACAUUUUCCCACUCUGCUUUCUUCGUCCAUGCCCCGGGGGCAGGCAGUUCAUCGACUCGUGUCGUCAUGGAAUUUUGCAGUACACAGUUGUUCGACCUGUGACUACAGCAGUGGCAUUGUUCUCAGAAAUGCUCGGUGUUUACGGCGAAGGGAAGUUUGACGCCCAUUACACCUAUGUAUAUAUCGUGGUAGUCAACAACAUUUCUCAAUUUGUAGCAAUGUACAGCCUGGUCCUGUUUUACAAGGCAUAUCGACAAGAACUGUCCCCGAUGUCGCCAGUUCCGAAAUUUUUGUGCAUAAAGGCUGUUGUAUUUUUCUCAUUCUUCCAAUCUGUGAUAAUUGCACUGUUAAUCCACGUCGACAUUCUAUCACCUACGUUUGUGACAGAACAGGGUGUCGUCAACGAUGUCAAUCGAGGUGUUCAAGAUUUUCUCAUCUGCAUAGAAAUGUUUGUGGCAGCCGUAGCCCACUACUUUGCCUUCUCGCACGUUCCCUAUGUGGACCCCAAUGCUCGACAGGUCCCUUGUUGCUUUUCAUUCAUGGCCAUGUGGGAUAUUUCGGAUGUGACGCAAGAUGUGUCCGACCACAUCAGGCACGUAGGUGCCACAGUGAAGAGUACCGUACAGCGCAAGCCUGCAUAUCCUGGAGAGCAGAGACACCUGCUGGGAAGUUUUGCUGAUGACAGUGCCCACUCAUCAGAGGACCAGUAUCGAUACCUCAGUGACCGACCUUCAAGGCAAGGCUAUAUGACCAUUGCAGGUUCCUCAAGUAAUGCUUGAGUACAUUCCUGGUCGCGUGGUCUUUAGAGCUUCCCCCCCCCGAGGUGCAUAUUUUAUUUGUUAUAGUGUUCCUAGUCUGUAUAUUGUAGACUUAUGGGUCCAAAUUUUAUAUGACCCUUUUGUUAUUUGUAAUGCCCAUUACAUAAGGAAAGUAUAUGGCGUUCCGAAAGAGCGAUGCUCUGACCACCAAACGUACAAACACCCGGAGUCGGUAAUAAUUUUGUGUCAGAGCUGAAGAAGCAGUACCUUAUUUCGCCUUUCAACACUUAUUAUGACAAGAUCUGCUUCACUUUUAGAGAUGAAUAUAUGUGCAGUAAACACUCGUUAUAGCGAAAUCAACGAGACAACGAAAAAAUUCGAUAUACGCGGAAAUCCUAUAAAAGUGAAAGUGCCGCAAAGCCAGCGACAGAUACUUUCAGAAGCACUCGCGGGAGCAUUAAAAAAAAGUAUUUGGGGCAAGCCAACAGACCUUGGUGGUGGUGAGCACCUUGGCAGUCUUGUAAUUACAGUCAAACUCCUUUACAACGAAACUCAGGGGACAGCAAAAAAAAUUCGCAGUAAAGGCAUUUUCGUUAAAAAGGAUGUCCAUUAUUGGACCUAUAGGGCUCCAGCGGGACCGCAAAAAAAUUUGCUGUAGUGGUAUUUUCAUUAAAAAGGUGUUCGCUAUAAAGGAGUUUGACUGUAUUAUGGACAAAAGGGGAGACACAGAGAGAGAGGGAAAUAAACGUAAGUUGGGCUUGCCAUACGAAAUUUCUGCCGGCUCGUUCUUCACAAUAAGCCGAGUCAGGUGCGAAUAAUUGGGUUUGAAAGAAUGCAUUUUUGUUGGGACAGCACAAGACUCCAAAUAAAGCGAUAAUUUGAAAAAGUGAUUUCAUUAUAACGAGAGUUUACUGUGAUUUCAAGCCUGCUGCCAUGUUGUUUUAACUGUGUGUCAUAUUUAGGGCCUGACUUUUUAGGGUUAAACCCGUACCCGCCCGAUAUUUACCCUCCGAACAAAAUCUGUAAAAUUCGGGUUUAACCCGAAUCUACCCGAAAACAUCCAGGUCGCGUGGCACACUCAUAAGCGUGCAUUAAAAUAAAAGUUUGAUAACAUUGCUAAACAUUAGUUCCAUGUUAAGACAAAUUUUUAUUAAACAAAAAAAAAUCACCCGAAUUCCUGACGACAGAAUAUGCCGUAACGGGAUUUAACCCGAAUACACCCGAAUUUUCGAAUGAAAAAUAUCACCCGAUAUUUAUCCCCCCGAAUUUGGCCAAAAAUAAAACCCGAAAAAGUCAGGCCCUAGUCAUAUUGUACAGUACAGCUCUGAACCAAGAAACACCUGUCGCGUGGUCACUUCACGCACCACAGCAGAGUCGUUGUGCGGUUAUUUGAGUGUCUUAUUUAUUUCGUCCUUCCGUUGUAUCUAUAUUCAUUUGAAACCUCUACUUGGUGAUCCCUAUAGCUGCAAACAAAUGAUUACAAUAGCGUACGGCUCACAACCUGCUGCUAUCAUAGAAGGACCUCGACGUGCAUGUAGUCACGGCCAUUUUGGUUUCACAUCAACCAUAAAGGGAGGACUUAUUUUAUUGCCACAGCUACUUCCCUGCUUCUUGUGUCCCAGAGCACUGCACAGGCUUGAGCUUACCCGAAAAUCCCAAGCCCGGCCGGGCCGGGUAAAGCUUUCUUUUGGCUGGCCUGGGCUGGGCUUGGGUUUGACCACUAUGGGCCCAGGCCAUGGCCUGUACAUUGCCAGGCCUAGGUCGGACUCGAGCCUGUGUUACCCCUCUCUUACUUGGCCACGGUCAAGUUUUAUAGCCUGAUACAGUGGGCCGGGUAGCCUAUAAAUUUCUCUGGCUCGGGCCGAGAAACUUGAGUCCUUCGGGUUUGGGCUGGGCUAUGUAAGUAGGCGUCGGGCCGGGCCUAAAAAUGCGGCCCAUGCAGUGCUCUAUGUGUCCAUCUUACAUUACCGGAACGUGUGUCUAUCCAAGGGAGGAGGUGAACGGGUGACUUGUCAGACACUUGCUCUCUUACAGAUAGGCAAACGAGCCGAUGCAAGCUGCGUCUAAGGACAAAUACAACACAACACAUUGUUGGUAUUAUGUGUACUGCCCAUGAUGCAUCAGCGCACGUGUUCUUUGAUACCAGUGGGUUGUGACGUGAUCUUGCGAUUGAGUUUUUACUGUUGGCGACAUUGGUAACCUAGCAUACGUAGCUCAUCCAAAAUGCUAAGAGUUCCUUAUGGAUGUCGUCAGUGUUCAGUGGAGUUCAGUACCUCAUUGAACCUGGAGUUCAGUGCUAGAAAUCGUUCUGUGUACAAUAGUGCAUUCACUUCUAUUUUCAUCACACCAGCGUGAACAGAUCAUGGAUGGUGUUCAUCUAACCUGCUGCCCCUGAGCAUUAAAAGUGUUAAAACAUUAAAAGUGUUGAAGCCAUAUAGAACUUCACAUAAAUGUGGCUUGUGCUGUGUAAAUUUGAAAAUUUAGAGCCAUUCACUGUUUUGCUGUAAAACCCUGCAUCAAAUGGCUGAUGUGAUGUGUGUGAUGGCUGACUGGUUGAAGCAUAUGCUUUCACAAGGACUUUUUUUUGUUUUACUUGCAAGUUUAUUCAAAAGUUAUGAAGUUUGACAUCUAAAGUGGAACCCCCGUCUUGUGUGUUUGUGUGUGUGUGUCUCAGCAACUUUAUGCUGUAUGUAUGUACACUGGGAAAUGACGUUCCCUUGUCUGGGGUUUGGUGGUCAGGUAAGCAUGUUGUAGUUGGUGCUGUGCCUUACAGACAUGACAUGAAGUGUGUACAGAUAUAAUAUAUAUGCUGUUUCUAUACACUGCACACUUACUGGCUGGAAAAUAAACUUUUUAUACAU